AUGGCAAAGCUUAUUCUCCUCACAGGUCCGGCACUUCUGCUGAAUGCUCAGCUAGGUUCUGCUUACCGGCUGACAUGUUACUUCACUAACUGGGCCCAGUACCAGCCAGGCCUGGGGUGCUUUAAGCCUGAUGACAUUGACCCCUGCCCAUGUACUCACCUGAUCUAUGCCUUUGCUGGGAUGCAGAACAAUGAGAUCACCACCAUUGAAUGGAAUGAUGUGACUUUCUACCAAGCUUUCAGUGGCCUGAAAAACAAGAACAGCCAGCCUAAAACUCUCCUGGCCAUUGGAGGCUGGAACUUUGGAACUCCCCAUAACUUCAUUGCCAUGGUUUCCACUCCUGAGAACCGCCAGACCAUUGCCUCAGUCAUCAGAUUCCUGCACCACUAUGAGUUUGAUGGGCUCGUUUGGGAGUACCCUGGCUCUCAUGGGAGCUCUCCUCAGGGCAAACAUCUCUUCAAUGUCCUAGUGCAGGUGAGGAGGGAAGUGUGCGUGAAGGAGGCCAAGCAGAUCAACAAGCCCAGUCUGAUGAUCACUGCUGCUGUAGCUGCUGGCAUCUCCAACAUCCAGUCCAGCUAUGAAAUCCCCCAGCUGGCCCAGUACCUGGACCACAUCCACAUCAUGACCUAUGACCUCCAUGGCUCCUGGGAGGGCUACACUGGAGAGAACAGCCCCCUGUACAAAUACCCGACUGAUGGCAGCAACACCUACCUCAGUGUGGAUUACGUCAUGAACUACUGGAAGGACAAUGGGACUCCCGCUGAGAAGCUCAUCGUUGGAGUCCCCACCUAUGGCCACACCUUCACCCUGAGUGACUCCUCCAACACUGGCAUUGGCGCCCCCACCUCUGGCGCUGGUCCUGCUGGGCCCUACGCCAGGCAGGCUGGGUUCUGGGCCUACCGUGAGAUCUGUACCUUCCUGAAAAAUGGAGCCACUCAGGCAUGGGAUGCUCCUCAGGAUGUGCCCUACACCUAUCAGGGCAACGAGUGGGUUGGUUAUGAUGAUGUCAAGAGCUUCGGUCUCAAGGCUCGGUGGCUUAAGGAUAACAAUUUUGGAGGUGCCAUGGUCUGGGCCAUUGACCUGGAUGACUUCACAGGCACUUUCUGCAACCUGGGCAAGUUCCCCCUGAUCAACACCCUGAAGAAAGCUCUUGGGCUGCAGAGUGCAAGUUGCACCGCCCCUGCUCAGCCCGUGGAACCCAUAACUCCUCCUCCCAGGAGCUGAAGUGGGGGCGGAAGUGGGAGCAGCAGCUCUGGAGGCAGUUCUGGGGGCAGUGGAUUCUGUGCGGGAAAAACCAACGGCCUCUACCCUGUGGCGAAUAACAGAAAUGCCUUCUGGCACUGCCUGAAUGGAGUCACAUACCAGCAGAACUGCCAGGCCAGGCAUGUCUUUGACACCAGCUGUGAUUGCUGCAACUGGGCAUAA